AUGGCCAGUGGCGUCGCGUACAACGAGACUCUCAUGGCCGAAAAGGCCGAUCAGGAACACAGAGAGACUGUGAUUUCCGAUGUCUCCCAUGACGCUGAUGAUGGAAAUCUGGCAACUGACCAGUAUGGCCGUCCAUUGGUAGAGCUGGACCGCGCGGCUGAGGCCCGACUGCGACUAAAAAUCGAUCUAUACAUUAUUCCUACUGUAGCACUAAUGUAUCUCUUUUGUUUCAUCGAUCGUGCAAACAUUGGAAACGCCAAACUGGCAGGAUUCACCAAAGACCUGGGACUGGAAGGAUACGACUACAAUGUCGUGCUUUCCAUCUUCUAUGUUGCAUACAUUCUUUUCGAAAUUCCAAGCAAUCUUGCAUGCAAAUGGAUCGGACCUGGCUGGUUUUUGCCAGCUAUCACACUCGGAUUUGGCAUCUGCUCUGUUGGCACAGCCUUCGUGGCCAACAUCCACAGUGCCUCUGGUGUACGAUUUGUUUUGGGUGCAUUCGAGGCAGGAUUGUUACCUGGUAUCGCUUACUACCUUAGUCGUUGGUACCGCCGAAGUGAGCUUGCGUUUCGUCUGUCUUUGUAUAUCGUGAUGGCUCCCUUGGCCGGCGCGUUUGGUGGCUUGCUGGCAUCAGGAAUUCUGAAGCUGGAUCAUUUUGGAAGCCUUCACAGCUGGCGUAUGCUUUUUGCUAUUGAAGGCAUUAUCACAAUUGGGGUUGCUCUGGUGGCAUUCUUUACGUUGACUGACCGACCAGAGACAGCACGAUGGCUUUCAAAGGAGGAAAAGGAAUUGGCCAUUGCUAGAGUCAAGUCCGAGAGAGUUGCAACCACCGAAGUUCUCGACAAAAUUGACCUCCCCAAAACCUUGCGUGGGAUCUUCAGCCCUGUGACGCUCACCACUGCGUUCGUCUUUCUCCUGAAUAACAUCACUGUUCAAGGCCUGGCCUUCUUUGCGCCAACCAUCGUCCAAACCAUUUACCCCGAUGCGACUGUGAUAUCGCAGCAGCUUCAUACUGUGCCGCCCUAUGUUGUUGGAGCUUUUUUUACUGUCCUUUUCCCAUUCCUCAGCUGGCGGUUCGAUCAAAGGUUAAUCUUCUUCAUCAUCUGCCCUCCUUUGAUGAUGACUGGAUAUAUCAUGUUCCUGGCCAGCGAGGACAGCAUGGUACGAUACGGGGCUACCUUCAUUAUUGCGAGCGGUGCGUUUGCUUUUGGGGCGCUCUGCACCGCUCAUGCAUCUGCAAACGUCGUGUCAGACACUGCGAGAUCAUCUGCCAUUGGUACCACCGUGAUGUUCGGUAACAUUGGAGGUUUGAUCUCCACUUGGUCAUUCUUGCCAUUUGAUGCUCCGAACUAUCAUAUUGGCAACGGACUCAAUCUCGCGACUUCGAGUAUGACUCUAGUCCUCGGGGCUUCUCUAUGGAUGUAUAUCACGUGGGACAACCGCAGGCGAAGAGCCAUCGAUGUCGACGCUGCGUUGGCCGGUCUCUCGCAGAAGCAAAUCCAAGAUUUGGAUUGGCGAAACCCAGCCUUCCAAUGGCGCCCGUGA